CUUGGCUGUACUAAACUGCUGGCAUGUAAGGCAGCCUCCCCAAACAACGAACGCGGCGCAACCAAACUAACCCACCACGACAGCGUACCCAACCGGGCCGGCCGAAUCAAUGUAGCCUGACCAAACUGACCAACGGAACUCACCAAACCAACAAAGCCGGCCCAAAUUAGUCAAAAAAACUGACCCAGCGAGACAGACUAGCUCGGCUAAGUCUACCACUGCGAAGCUAGCGCAACCAACUAGCCCAGCCAGCUGCAAUAGCGUGGCGCAACUGACCGAACGAAACCCGCCCAACCACGGCAAAACGCCUGGGCCGGCCUGGCGCUAAGUACUCACCUGGCGCCUGUCCUCGUUGGCCCUUUCUAUUCCAUAUUUCGUCAGUUGUAGCGCCUCGUUAAAUACUUAACCAACCCAUCCGUUUGUCCUGCUGGUAAUUGGCGAGCUAUUCGAAUUGUUUUCCGCUUCUUAUUCUACAUAGUGUGUGUGCUUCAUUCUGGCUGGAAACGCUUUCGUGACUUGAGUCAACGUCGAACAGCGAAAUUCCUAAUGCUUUCGACGAAGGUGAAGCAUUUAUGUUUUCAUCGAGUAAACGUAUCCAAUACUGUGGGGCUUUCUUUUAUUUCGCACCAAUUCUUUACAAAAGCUGUGCAUCCGCGUUCUACGAGAAAACCCUUAUUCCAUUUGUUCAAGCAGACUGCAUAUUCGUCCCAAACAGUGAAAAGCCUUGACCUAAACGGUUUAUCUUGACGUGGGCGUUACAGUGAUU